AUGGCGAAAGGCUUGAUUUCCUCCCUUGCGGAUCUUGACAGACAAGAUGCUGUACCAUUUGCUCUAGUCAUCGGAGCUGUGUUGCUAGUGGUUUCUUUAGUGGCUCACGCUCGUGAUCCUCUCAGAUCAAUCCCAGGGCCAUUUUGGGCAAAAUGGACUCCUUUAUGGAUGAUAUACCAUGUGCGAAAAAGGAAUAUUCACCGGCACAUGAUCAAAAUGCAUGAGAAGUAUGGGCCAUUAAUUCGAGUCGGACCAAAUGAAGUGAGCACGUCAAACCCCGAGGCUCUCAGAGUAAUAUAUGGCGCUGGUACUGGGUUUCGAAAAAGUGACUGGUACAGCGUGUGGCAAGGCAUCCGCAAGUGGGAUCUUUUUGGUGAGCGAAAUGAAGAUAUCCACCGAGGACAACGGAGAUUGGUCAGCAACAUAUAUUCUUUAUCCAAUAUGAAAAAGCUUGAGCCAUAUGUCAACAACACUGUGAAAUUAUUCCUUUCCAACGUGUUCAAGGCGGAUAAAAGAUCAAUAAAUUUGAGCCUAUGGAUCCAAUUAUUUGCUUUUGAUGUUAUCGGAGAAGUGACUUUCUCUAAACCCUUCGGUUUCCUAAAGUCUGGUACAGAUAAUGGCACUUUUCAGCAGAUAGACAAUACCUUAGCGUGUGCUGCCUGGGUUGGGUAUAUGCCUUGGCUCUACUGGCUCAACUUCCGCCUCUCUCCAUAUAUCGGCAGCCAUCUUGCCGUCACCUCGCGGCAGACACACUUGCUAACUUUUACAGCAAAGUCGAUUACGGAACGCAAAGCACAAGGCAGUGACCAUGAAGACAUCCUAGAACAACUUUUCGAAGUUCAAAAGGAAAAACCGGAAUUUGAUCAGAUAUCCAUAACGUCGAUGUGUGCUAGCAAUAUAUUUGCUGGAAGUGAUUCAACUGCCCUUUCCAUAUCAUCUAUCAUCUAUUACGUGGUUAAAACUCCCGGAUGUAAAGAAAAACUGAUGGCAGAAAUUGAAGCGACCGCCUUAGCCCACAAUAUCCAGCCUGGUGAGGUAUUUUCUCUAGAAACAGCCAAUACCAUGCCAUAUCUACAGGCGUGUAUGUGGGAAGGCCUUCGGUGCCAUCCUGGAGUAGGGAUGAAUCUUGGGCGAGUCGUGCCUUCAAAAGGCAUUGAGUACGAGGGACGAUUCUAUCCUGGUGGGACUGUUCUGAGUGCGAGCGCUUGGGUGCUUCAUCGAGAUAAAGAGACCUUUGGUGAAGAUGCAGAUCAUUUCCGGCCAGAAAGGUGGGAUGCUGAGCCAGAGCGUGUUGCUCAGAUGAGACGCUCUUUCUUCGCAUUCGGUGCGGGAUCCCGCUUUUGCAUAGGAAGAAAUGUUGCAUGGCUAGAAAUGUCAAAGCUCAUCCCUACGUUUUUCCGUGAGUUUGAUAUCAAACUUGUUGACCCAAACCAGAAGCUUGAGGAAUCUGCUGUGUCGUUUGUAAAAAUCUUGAACCUUGACGUCACAUUGACACCCAGAAACGCUGCUACAAACGGUCAUGUUUAG